AUAUCCUAGGUCGGUUUUUAGUAGAUUGGUAGAUAUAUAUGUUCCUAGCAGAGGCAACAAAGAUACUGUUAACUAAGUGGCAACCUCAGGUGUUUGGAACGCCAGAGAACCUUUGGAGCUCAUAUAAAUCUUGUGCACGGAAGGCAGGGCACUUCCUGUUUUUUCCUCCGUUUGUUCCUUGCUUGCCAAAGAUCUUUCUAGAUUAAGUAAUGAGGGAAACGGGCACCCACCCAACCAGGAGGUCUGCACGUAUGGUAAUUUCCAUAUGAAUACCCGGAACAUCGAAACCAAAUGGUUUUGUAGUUUAACGAUGGACUCGACACGUUAAGUGUGAAUCGUGAGACACAUCAAGGGGGUGUACUGCCAACUAACCCCACGCUAGCAAGGAUAACUAGUCACCUAACUAUCUACAAUCAGCUACGACUUGCUGUUGUGAAUGGUGUACCCUAGCUAACGUUAGCGUGCCAGACAAUCAAAAAGAGGACUGUUCUCUGAAAAUUCUUUCCUCGACCACGAAAGGGCAUGCGGCGAGAGCUGCGGCCGCUCUAGAAUGAGGAAGAGCCCGGCAAACCGUUGCAGGGACAUCGAGAGGCAAGCCGGCUACCUGCAGCCCGAGCACUGCGCCCCUCCCCCAACCCACCCCCACUCCGACACCAUGUGGUUCAUCCGUGACUGCUGCGGCAUCGUAUGCGGCGUCAUCACCUGGUGCCUGGUGUUCUAUGCCGAGUUCGUGGUGCUCUUCGUCGUGCUGCUGCCUGCCAAGAACCUGCUCUAUAGUCUAAUCAACGGUGCACUGUUCAGUGUCCUCGCCUUCCUCGCCCUGGCCUCACACACCCGGGCCAUGUGCACAGACCCGGGUGCGGUGCCUAAAGGGAACGCGACCAAGGAGUUUAUCGAGAGCCUGCAGCUCAAGCCCGGUCAGGUGGUCUACAAAUGUCCCAAGUGUUGCAGUAUCAAGCCCGACAGAGCUCACCACUGCAGUGUGUGUAAACGCUGUAUCAAGAAGAUGGACCACCAUUGCCCAUGGGUAAACAACUGCGUAGGAGAGAAGAACCAGAAAUUCUUUGUGCUUUUCACAAUGUACAUUGCACUGAUAUCCCUCCAUGCCCUGGUCAUGGUUGCCUUUCAUUUUAUCUUCUGCUUUGAGUCGGACUGGACGAAGUGCAGUACAUUCUCUCCUCCAGCCACCGUCAUCCUCCUCAUCCUCCUCUGCUUUGAGGGACUCCUCUUCCUCAUUUUUACCUCAGUGAUGUUUGGGACCCAGGUCCAUUCCAUCUGUGCCGAUGAGACAGGCAUAGAGCAGUUGAAAAAGGAGGAGAGGAGAUGGGCUAAAAGGACAAAGUGGAUGAACAUGAGGGUGGUAUUUGGCCAUCCGUUCUCUAUAGCCUGGCUAAGUCCCUUUGCAACACCUGACCACGGGAAGGCAGACUAUUACCAGUACGUUGUCUGAGACGGGAAGCCAUGCUCCAGCACCCGUGCUACCAGCUUGUCUUUCAGGGUGCGGACUGAUGACGCGUACGGGGCGAUAGUCUUCCCACCGCCUGGCUUCACUGAGCACGAACUCUUAUGACCCUUUCUCUUCUUUUCUGUUUUUGGUCAUUUUUCUUCUUUGUGAAUUUUUUUUUUUCUUCUGCUUGUUUUGAAUACCUGCCACACAUUUGGAUAUCUGUAUGAAUUAAUAUCUAUUUCCCUUCUGUUUACGAUGACUGCCAAGCCCUACAAAACCAUGAACUGUAAAAUGCCCCUCUGCUUUUCUCACGUUUUACCAUUGAAGAAAGCACUUACUGAUGUAACCUGGCCAGAGCCUGUAUCUGAGCUGGCUAAAAACUGGGCUUUGCCUUUGGGAUAGAAACGGAAAUGGAAAUGCUCUUAAACCCAAGUAUUUCCUGUAUUUUGUCAUUUCCUGUUUAAGGACUAGGCCUAAACAAAGCAAACGCAUGAGCUGAAUUCAUAUUGUUUUCGUCCGCUGAAAAGCCAAUCAGUUCCGAAAGGCAGAUUUUGUCUUCCCAAUGUAGCAGUACCUCUGCCUUUCCAUAAUGUAGCCUAAAUGGUGUAAGCUAUAGCUUUGGUGCCAGCGCCACACUGUUGGAGUACUAACGGUCCACAAGGCAUUACGUUUGCGGUUUAGAACAGCCACAUCUUUUCCUGCAAGCUGCAGAUUCUUUGCCUUAAGACAUUGCAAUUGGGUAAAGAGAUUUUUGUAACCUUAAGUUUAAGUUGAAUAGGGUAUUUGCUUCCUGUCCCUGGCUAUCAGUCAUGUCUAUGUGCAGGACGGGUCCCCUCCAAAAGGACAGGCUGAAGAUGAGAUUGGGAACAACAAUGGAUUGAAAGUCCAACUGUGGAACCGGCUGGUGGCCGUGGAUGGUUCUGUUGUUCCACUGUGUGGCAUGAUGUCUUACUGGUUGGUGUAUGUGACAACCGUUUCUAUAGAAAAAUGAUCACGAUGCCUUCUGAGAUUUUUAAAUUGGUCACCCAAUAACUAGAAAACUGGUCAAUGAAAUGUACAUAUUAUUUUCAUUUUUUUUUUUUUUACAGAAGCAUGCACCUAAGUGUAAUUCCCUGUGUUCACUGAAUGGAAUUUGUAAAUGUCAUGUCAAAAAAACAGGUUAUCGGCUUGACAUUCUGUUUAUGAAUCUGGCACAGUUAAGCUUUGUGGAGCAAACAUUGGUGAUGCAAUUUAGGCCAGUGGAACAUGUGCAUUGAAGACUGAAAGAAGACUUUUUUUAAAAAGUCACCAUUGUGUACAAUGCUAGCUAAUUCAAACUUAGACACAGACCGGUCUCCUAGAUACAUAGCAGUCGAAGUAGAUUGCCUCGGGGCAAUUAGUCAUCGAUUGCAAACAAUCAAGAGAAAAUUAUAACACAAUCAAUUGUGUUCACGAGCCUUACUGUAGAAAGAACAUGGGCUGUUGGUGACGAAUAGAACGGCUAUGACUUGUGUCCCAAAUGGCACUCUGUUCCCUAAUAUAGUGCACUACUUUUGACCAGGCCCACAGGGCUGUAGUCAAAAGUAAUGUACUGUGUAGGGAAUAGAGUGCCAUUUGAGACAGCUUAAUUUAUGUGGAAUAUAUUUGCUGACAUUCUCUGGUUUUACGACCCACACUGUAUGAACACAAUGGUUAUGUAUUCAUCAAACUAAAUUGUUUGCUAAUUAAAUUUAGAAUACAGAGUGCAUUGGCGAGGCAUGGAUGCCAUUUGAAGUGUGUAUGGACCACGUUUGUAGAUUUGUGCUAUAUUAUAAAGAAUCAAUUAAGAUUGAAUGUAAUGCUACUUUUAGUGACUUGUAUUGUGAAAGUCACCUUUUCUAAGUAGUUUCUUUUUUACCGAAUGGGUGACUUUUUAAAGUUUAAGAUGCUUCAAUCAAAUCUA